AUGGACACGAUCCUCGAAACCCAGUCAUCACCUAUUGCCAUAACUAAAGGCUUCAUAACGAAGGCGGAGACCUACAUCGCCAUGCAUUGCCAUGAUAAAAUAUUCAAAAGAGUCACUGUGCUCGACGAGACAGGCAAGAAGCUUUUUACUGUGGAGAGCAAACCCUUUGCAUCAUGGAGCUGGCGUCGUACAAUCAAGGAUAUUUCUGGUAUUCAUAUAUUCGACUUGCGAGAAGGUAUGGACAACGCCAUAAGGCACAAGUGGAUUGCAGAGAGCCCGAGUGGUAGGGAGAUCUGCUCUGUGCGCCAUGCUUCACUACUAAAACGCUUGAUUCUUGACGUCGCAGUCAAGGAUGAAGAAGGUAAAGGAAAUGAAUCCAUGGUUAGGAUUAUACCGACGGAUCAAGGCGGUAUCACGAUGCUAGUCAAUAUCGAGGGUACGACUGCUGCUGAGAUUCGAAUGACGGAAAGCAACGUUCAUUCAACCGACCGUGAUAGGAGCGUUUGGAGGGCUCGAGUCGCUAGUGGGGUGGAUCUCGUAUUUAUUGUGGCUAUUAUGCUCUGCCGAGCAGAGAUACUGCAUGCCUGGAAGAAAUAA